GGCUGGCACGAGGCCAGCAGGAGCUGUUUCCAUAAAAGUAUUGGAUGUCCAGAGGAAUUCGCUCUUCUAAAAACACAUAUUUCGGUAGCGUCCGGAUUCCCCCGCACAUCGGCGCAGCGUUAAGCUCUGCACGGACGUCCGUACCUCUCUCCCUGGAGACUUUCUUCUGCUUUCUGAGACCUGUGUGAGCCCGCGCCAGCCACCUACAGCCAUGGAUGCCAUCAAGAAGAAGAUGCAGAUGCUGAAGCUCGACAAGGAGAACGCCCUGGACAGGGCAGAGCAGGCCGAGGCGGAGAAGAAAGCGGCCGAGGACCGCUGCAAGGAGUUAGAAGAUGAAUUAAGUCAAUUGGAAAAGAAAUCACGUAUCACCGAAGACGAGAGAGAUAAAGCGCUUGAAGAUUUCCAAGCCGCUGAGGAAAAGCUGCUGAGCGCUGAGGAGGUCGCUACCAAGGCCGAGGGGGAAGUGGCCAGCUUGAACAGACGCAUCCAGCUGGUGGAGGAGGAGCUCGACCGCGCCCAGGAGCGUCUGACCACAUCCCUGCAGAAGCUGGAGGAGGCGGAGAAGGCGGCCGACGAGAGCGAGAGGGGUAUGAAGGUCAUCGAGAACAAGGCCAACAAGGACGAGGAGAAGAUGGAACUGCAGGAGGUGCAGCUGAAGGAGGCCAAGCACAUCGCUGAGGAGGCCGACCGCAAAUACGAAGAGGUGGCCCGGAAGCUGGUGGUCAUCGAGUCCGACAUGGAACGGGCAGAGGAGCGGGCAGAGCACGCAGAGAAACGCGUGCGGAAGGCGGACGAUGAGCUGAGGCUUAAGGACCAAAAGGUUAAAUCCUUAAAGGCCACAAACACCAAGUACUCACACCAGGAGGAUAAGUACGAGGAGGAGAUAAAGGUGCUCGCUGACAAGCUGAAAGAGGCUGAAACCCGCGCCGAGUUUGCCGAGAGAUCAGUCACCAAGCUGGAGACGGCCAUUGAUGACCUUGAAGAUGAGCUGCAUAGACAGAGAGUGAAGUACAGGAGCGUCAGCGAGGAGCUGGACCACGCGCUCAGCGACAUGAGCACCAUGUGAUCCUCUCGCCCACUGCGUCUGUUCACCCAUUCUCACCUUCACCCCACUUGUCGCUCUGCUCCGAAGUCAGCGGCGGAUCUCUGCUGUGUCUAAUUGUGUGUUUGACCUCCUUCCUGCUUCAUUCUGUGUUUUGAUACCAGCUUGACCCUGCAUACUGCCCCCUACAUGUUGUCCUCUGCAUAACAGUCUUUUCCAUUCUAAGAAUAAGACUUUGGUGUAUUGACACUGGGUGCAGUUGUUCUCCCUCUACUAGCCUGAAUGCUCUUAAUGUUGCACUUUCUGAUUAUGUAAAUAUUAGUAGUAUUAGGUUCUGGCUUUAUUGGUACAUGUUGUGUAGCUCCUGCUGUGAUUCAGCUCAGACGUCUAACUGGGCGUUCACUGGAAGUGCAGCCAAGCUGCAUCUAUGCCUAGUCCACUCCUUCACAGCCAAGCACCUUUCCCCGACUGUCCUGUUUCAUUCCUCCCUUCAUUCCCGAGCGGCCAAUCCCGUGAGCUUGUUGCUUUUUAAUUAAAUUUGUAUUUGCCAAUUACGAAACACUCUCCAGCUGCCUGUUCACAUCUUACUAUUUUAUCUGAUUACUCUUGCUUACCAGAACUGCAUGUAUAAUAUGAACCGUGAUUGUUGCACCUACACAUUUCUGCAUUAUAUUGUCAUGGAUUUGCUUAUACACGCACACUUGUGAUUAUGUGCUGUAUGCCCCCCCCCCCCCCCCAUCGAAUAACAGUCUGUGUACCGUGUGAACAUGGAUGGUUCCGGUCCAAAAAGUAGCUGACGGUCUCAUCUGAGGCUCUGCGCCCUACUGCAAAGUCAGGGACGUGGCAUGGAGCUGCCUGCUAAAUGUGGAUGGACAACAUCUACAGAAGAUGUCUUAAUAUAACGAGCUUCGGGAGUGAUUUCUCCGCACGGAUGAGUAGAUAGAUUGAUUUGACUGUCAGCAAGGUAGAUUUACGGCUUUCCCCAUGAAUCAGGGAGCUAUACGAAUAUGUUUUCUUCCCUAGAUGCCUAAGUGAGCACCUCCUGGGUGCCUGCAAUCAUUGCGAGAUGAGCCUUUAAUGAUGAGCUCCCAGCUGCAUUUAGGCCGUCCUGCCCCCCCCAGCCGGUCCCUUCACAGUUCAGCGGUCCUAUUGGAGGGGGUCUUUAUUAACCUGUGUGCUUUGCCCUCUCCGCCAUAUUGUUAGCGCGGCCAUUCGGAAACAUAGACCCUCUGUCUCCAGACAUACUUGGUCUUUGUGCGGCAGUCUCAGUGAUAACCGCUCUGCUUUCACAGGAAGACGGGUCGCCUACUUACACUGUGAAAAAAUCCCACUUAACCACGCGUUUCUGAUAACCCUUGCUAACGCCCCUCUGCUCUCUCUCUCUCUUUUUCUCUCUCUCUCCCUCUUUCCUUGUUAAACUGCUUUCUGACG